CUCAAUAUGGCUGGAAGGACUUGCUUUUGAUAGUGUCGUGAGGACACCUUCUCUCGUCCACACAAAUCUGCCGCCUUGGCGUGGCCCCACCUCUCCAGCGGUGGCUCCUUUUCCGCUUUAUGGUAUCCAUGGCAACUCAUUGGAGGGUCGCGGGGGUCGCAUCCUAAGCAGAAUUCCCUCUCCCCAGCUACUUAUUGUUACAUUUUCACUGUCUUAUAUGACAACCCCAUAUCAGUGGUGUCAUUGAUAGUCUGCGUGUUUUGACAGGUUGAACAAGAAGAUGGACAACAGUAGCUUUGAAGACGCCGCUAACACAACACUGGACUCCUGCAGCAGCAUAUUGAGGAACCAGGCGUUUCGUUUUGUCCUGUACGGCUUCUUCUUUGUUGGAAUCAUCUGCACAGUGGUGGGCAACUUCCUGGUGGUCUUGUCGAUUUCCUACUUUAAACAGCUGCAGUCGCCCACAAACUCCUUCCUCAUGUCCCUAGCUGUGGCCGACUGCCUCGUGGGUCUGGUCGUAAUGCCUUACAGUAUGAUCCGGACAGUGGAAGGGUGCUGGUACUUUGGCUCCCUCUUUUGUCAGCUUCACUCCAGCUUAGAUGUCAUGCUUUGUACGGCUUCCAUAUUACAUCUGAGUUGCAUCGCCUUUGACCGCUACUAUGCUGUCUGCAACCCGCUAGUUUAUUAUUUAAAAAUGUCCCAAGGUCGAGUUGCUUUCCUCAUUGUCACCUGUUGGGCUGUUCCCAUGCUUAUUUCCUUCGUUCCGAUAACUCUAGACCUCCAUAUUGCUGGUGUUCACAUCCUGCUCCCUCAAGACGUAUGUGUUUUCUUAGUCAAUCGCAUAUACGCCGUCAUGGCUUCCUUGAUAGCCUUCUACUUGCCCAUGGCUAUCAUGCUGGUCGCCUACUGGAAGAUAUUCAAAGCAGCCAGACGGCAGGCAAGGCAGAUCAGUGCCAUGGAAAGCCAGAUGGCCGCUGGAGUGGGAAAAGACUCGAGCAAAAAGAAAAAGCACCGCAACACCAUGAAGAGAGAGCAAAAGGCAGCGAAAACCUUGGGCAUCAUCAUGGGAGUCUUCCUCAUAUUCUGGAUGCCAUUUUUUACUCUCAAUAUUGUGGACCCCUUUAUUGAUUACAGCACAGAAGUGAUCAUCUGGGACAUAUUUUUAUGGCUGGGAUAUAUCAACUCAUCACUAAAUCCUUUCUUGUACGGUUUCUUUAAUCGUUCCUUUCGUAAGGCAUUCCUCAUGUUCAUUGGCUGUAGGGUAUGCCAACCUGGAAUCUCCUCUGGGAUGGAACUAUCACACACCCGGAAAGAAGCAAAUGACCGUGCCGAUAAAUAAUAAAAUGCUUUCGU